AUGUCUUUUUCAUCAUAUUACUCUGACUCACUUACAUGGCAGGAGAAGCUCGACCUAAGAUGUCGCGAGGCACAGAUUCAACCCCCAAUUUUCCAGAUCGUAUCCGAUAAAAGAGGCGGACGAACAGCAUGGUCUAGCACAGUAUUUGUGUCAGGCCAGAAUAUUCCUGCACGAUACUGGUACGAUGGACAUAACGUCAACACUAUGAAAGAGGAUGCGGCAGAAGUGGCAUUCAGAAGCUUGACGGGAUCGAGCCCAACCUCACCUAUUCAAAGUCGAGGCGGGUGGUAA